UUCAUGUACUUAAUCAGGAACCUAUCGAAUAAGAAUGGAUUUCUUAACACUUGAAUAGAGCUAGUCAUUGCCACGGAACUAGCAGAGUCUCUGUCGUAUAUGGGAAAUGUUUUAUGUUAUAUUAGACAUUAAAUGUUUGAGACUUGAAGCAAAUAAUAGAUACGCUUCUGCUUAGUAGCUUCGACAGUACUAAACCAGUUCUCCAAAAACUACUUCCCUUGUCAGGAAACCGCCAUCUUCUAAAAUUCAAAAUCGCUCUUCCUGCUGUCCAGCACUGCCAUAGAUGGUCACCAUAAAAAAAUCUGAAGCUUUCUCGCCGACACGGUAUCCGUCUGCUGCUCAGGUUAACCCGAUAUGAGUCAGUCCUCAACUGCAAGUAGGUUACAAGAGCACCAGCCUGCCAGCGAGCGGCGGCGCUCCUUGAAUCAUGUGUGUACCCAUAAAACCACACGCCGCGCCGUCGUCGUCGUCGGUCGCCGUCUCCCCCCGCGGUCGUCGGUCUCUGUUGUGGCCAAGUUCGACGCGUGGACGCAGCCAGCAGUCGUCGUCAGUUGUUGGGACACUUCAGCUGGGAGAGGAGGUCGUUAAAAAGUAGCAUACACACCGGACCGAGAGAGCUGCAUAGACAGCCUACCUCGAGAGGUACACCAUCGCCAUAAACGUGCGCAUUCCAACACAAGUGCAUAAACCCACCAUAUUCUUCCGUGAGAAAGCUUCCCGAACCGUGUCCACUGCCGUACAAGUUAGAUAGACACAUAAGGGGCACCCACUCGGAGGCUAGUUGCUCCCCGUUGAAACCGCCCCCGCACUUCGGUCAUAGUGGAGAAGAAACUGAAAAGCGGCAAGAUGGCCAGUACUGGCGAUAUCUGGCUACAGUGGUUUUCUUGCUGCUUCCAGCAACCGCAAAGUCCUCGACGGCGGCGACAUCACCAGCGGCUGCGGAUAGACCGCUCGAUGAUUGGGAAUCCCACCAAUUUUGUGCAUACUGGCCACAUCGGUUCCAACGACGUCGAGCUCUCGACGAACCACCUCUCGGCGAUACAAAACCAAAUGCAGAGUAAAGGUGGCUACGAAAUGAACUCGCUAAGACUACAGGCCUGCUGAUAAGCCGUGAUACGCCACCGUCCGUUAAUUUAUUCCUAGUUUUUAAGGCUAUUAUGCUUUCGGAACAACAACACUGUACACACAAUCCACCCGGAUCAACAUUACUAGGAGAGAUUAAUUAGCAGAAACAAUUACACAUUAUCUUGGAAGUCCGGCGAACGGAACGAAAGGUGUAAUUAAUUAGCGCAAAAUGGGGAAGAAUCGUUGGAGGUCACACAAAACGAUUACCACAAAGCAUUUCAGCUUCAACGUCUUCCUUUCGGAACAUUGAAACUUCAGAAAAGUUUAUCCACUACUAGACUAUAGCCGAAUUCAACUCGGAACAAAAAUAUCCAUAGAUUCCGAAUA